AUCUGCAACUCAGAGUCUUUGCUGUCAUUAAGCCCCUCCAGCUUUAGGGUAGAUUCCCUGAUGGUGGACAAACGUACACAGGGAAACAAGGGAAUAAAUGCUUCAAAUUGUAAUGGAUAUUCUCGGGUAUUUACUUAGUAUGUCGUCAUAUGCAGCAGGAAUCUGUAACCUCGGCUUGAAUCUAUGGGAGGGGCUCCUUGAUGCUGAAGCUGUUAAUGGAUCGCUGGAAAGUUCAUACAUGCAGAGCGGGGACAUUUGGAAUACCGAUAUCUGAUGACGCCGGAGCGUCUUGGUUUUGCAGCUAUUUUUCAACUUUACAUUUUUAACGGCCUCCUUCAAAGGUGCUGUGUUUGAGUCUAGGUUGCAACAGGAAUUUACACAUAGGAUCUGUUUGUGACUCAGACAGAUGUGACCUACAGAACCGUAAGAAGAUUUAUUGCUCAAAUUCCAUCCAGAAAAAACAUUUUCGUAAGAAUUAAGGCUUUUUCUUCCUCACAGACUGGGAAACCUGACUAAAAAAGAUUUGGUGAAUCGUCACCUGUAGGCCCUCUCACCAUGGAGCACUCCCCCUCUAUGAACUUGUCAGUAGUGGAUGGACAGGACACGGAGGACCAGCGCCCCCUCCUUCCGCCCAUGGUGCUUCUUCCACCUCAGGCCUGUUCUCCACAGUGCGGGAUACACCACACAGUCCAACCGUCAGCUGAUCACACCGUGUGGCUGGACAGAACCCAGGCCAUGGCCACAACACCGUUGUACAACGGCUGUCUUUAUGUGACCUCUUCCCCUUGCGCCAACAAGAAGGGACAGAAAGGCAAAGAGAAGAAAUGUCAGAAAAAGUCAACAGGAACUAAACAGAAUCCCACACGCAAGGAGUGUAAUAAUCAGUGCAAAGCCAAAAACACAGAAGCCCAGAGACUCCAGGAGAAAGUCACCUCUUUCUCCGACAUCCCAUGUUCUCCCUGCAGGUUAUCCCCCAAAAAGCCACAAAGCCAGGAUGAUGGGAGCAGAGGGCGUUGCACCUCGGGCAGCGUUGCUUUGGAGAUGCAUGACCACCAGACACUCCCAGAGAUCAUCAUCACCAGCAGAGAUGAUGACUUUCAGCCACAAAAUGAGACGUUCCAGCAUGGCCAGGAGCCAACUGAGGCCAGAGGCCUGCUACCAGGAGCAGAGUGUCCCAAUCCAGAUCCUGAAACAAGUUCACAGACCAGCCCAAAGCACAAGGAGGAAAGCAAAGACGACUCGUACUGGAAGACCCACAACAUCGGCUGGCGGCUGGUGCACAGAAGGGCUCUGUUUUUGAGGAGGCAGCGGCUGAACGACUGCGCCCUGGCAGUGGGGUUGUUCGGGAUGUUGCUCAUGGUGAUGGAGACAGAGCUCUCCUGGAGCGUCUACAGCAAGAGCUCCAUCUACUCGCUCGCACUUAAGUCCGUCAUCAGUUUGUCUACGGUCAUCCUGCUGGGCCUCAUCAUAGCGUAUCACUGCUGUGAGAUUCAGCUCUAUGUUCACGACAUUGGUGCAGAGGAUUGGUGGAUUGCCAUGACGACUGACCGUGUGGCUCUGAUAGCCCUGGAGCUGGCGGUGGUGGUCAUUCAUCCCUAUCCUGUGGGACUGAUGGCGUACUUCCAGCAGACUUUCCAGCAAAUCCCCGCCCGCCUGUCCCUAUCAGAGACGGAGCUGGAGAUCAUCCUGGCUCUGCCCAUGUUCCUCAGGCUCUACCUGCUGGGCCGCGCCAUGAUGCUGCACAGCCGCCUCUUCACUGACACCGCAUCUCGCAGCAUUGGAGCGCUGAAUAAGAUACACUUCAACACCCGGUUUGUGGGGAAAACACUAAUGACAACUUACCCCGGGACAGUGCUGAUGAUAUUCAGCGUGUCUCUGUGGAUCGUGGCAGCCUGGGGCUUACAUGUCUGUGAGAGACACCACAACUACAGAGAUCUGAGCAGCAACUACAUGGAGGCACUGUGGAUGGUCUCCGUCACCUUCUUGUCCAUCGGUUACGGAGACGUGGUGCCUCACACGUACUGCGGUCGCAGCAUCUGCCUCCUCACCGGGAUCAUGGGAGCGGGCUGCACGGUGCUGGUGGUGGCUGUGGUCGCCAGGAAGCUGGAGUUGACCAGAGCGGAGAAACAUGUUCACAACUUCAUGAUGGACUCCCACAUCUCCAAGAGGAUAAAAAUUGCUGCAGCAAAUGUGCUGAGAGAGACUUGGCUUAUCUACAAACACACUAAGCUGUCAAGAGAACGAGACCAGUCCAGAGUCCGCAUGCACCAGAGGAAGCUGCUGCUAGCCAUCCACCAGCUGCGGCGAGUGAAGAUAGAGAAGAGGAUCCUUGCAGAUCAGGGAAACACACUAGUAGAUCUGUGCAAGAUACAAACCAUGAUGUAUGACGUGCUGGCAGAGGUGCAGGGCUGCAGAGGGGAGCUGGACACUCACAUCCACAGCCUGGAGAAAAACGUGGAGGAGCUGAGGGAGGGCUUCAGGAGCCUGAUGCCACUCCUGUCCAGGACCCUGUCCACGCAGAACUCCUCCAUCCGCCACCUGCUUAGGGAGAGGGAGGUGAAGACUGAGACUGCCGGGGUGAGCGACGACAACUAGAGGCUCAGGAAGGGGAUGAGGAGGAAAGAAAGUGGCUCCUAAAUUAGUUAUUGGUUUACAGCUGAAAUGAUCAUGUUGGGACAUCUUUACAUGAGUUGGGACAGAUAUGUGUGAAUACAAAGUUGAGUUUGUACAGUAUGUAAAAUUGUAGUUAAAUAAGUAGCACCGUUUUCUGUAGCAGUAAAAACAUUGUAGCUUCUUAGAAGUUAGUUUGAGUUUGGAUUUCAAAAGGCAUUCACUCCAGAUCCAGCAGCGUUUUACUAAAGUUGUCAGCUGUCAAGAGGACGGUUUGCUCACACCCUCGUAAUUAAUCAAAGGAAUUCACUUGGUAAAUAAUAAAUUAGUUUGAAUGACAAAAAAAGGGGAACCAGAUGUGGUAAAAUGCCAAUUCAUUUCCAGAUUUAGGGGCCUUUUCUGCACCGCCCCCAUACUUCCACCUUAAUUUGCUCACAUUU